UAAAGGCCAGCGAUAUAAAAGGCUUUGGAAAAAGCCGGUAUUCAGUAGUUUCUAAAGUCAGCUGCAAACCAGUGGACGACUAGCUCUUCAACCAAAAAAUAAAAAAAAAUUAUGGCUAAAUUCGUGAUUUUUACCGUCUUGGCUUUGGCUGCCCUUGUCCAGGUCUCCAUGGCCCGUGAUUUGGGAGAAGCCUUGAACAUGAACAUCCGCGAAUCGCUGCGUUUGUAUGACGUUUUUGCCAAACAUGCCGAUGCCGCUCCCUAUGCCGAUGACUUGAAGAAACUGGUCCAAAUCACCGAAGGAGCCUUGAAAUCCGAAUCUGUGGAGGAGAAGGAAAACACCAUCAACAACAUUCACAAAAACUUCUCCGAAGAGUUCAACAAAUGGAUUGGCCUGAAAUUGGAACAUGCCGAAGUCAAUGAGGACAUCCAUGGUGCCAUCACUUUCUAUAGCUCCCUGCUGAAUCAACAGACCCCCCAUGAGGCUGAAAUCAAGAAGACCAUUGCCACCUUGGAAAACAUGUUGAAGGACACCGAUUUGAAGAAGAAGGAAAUGGAUUUCUUGGGCUUGCCCAAAACUUUCAGUCCUGAAUUCGAUGCUUAUCUCAAGCAAACCUCUUUGCCCGUUCUCAAUGAAUCUUUGCAAAAAACUGCCCAAUUCUUCCAGGCCCUUUUGGAAUUGAAGGAAGGUAAAUUCGAUAAGGAAGUCACCGAAUUGAAGGCCAUGGUUGAGGCUGCUUUGGCCGACAGCGUUUCCGUGGAGGAGAAGAAUCGUGUCUUGGGCGAAGUCACCGAUACCAGCAACCAACAGCUGAACGAAUAUUUGGCCAAGAAAAAUAUUGAAUUGGCUUAAAUGUGAUUUCAUGAGAUCGAAUUUAAGUUAGGAUAUUUAAAAAGAAGAAAAGAAUUUAAAAAUUUAAGAAAAAAAAAAAAACAAUAAAAAAUAUGAUUUGAAAAAUCAA